UACGUUCAAUGUAAUGUUUAUCUUCUCAAACAUCUCUACAUACUAACUACUUGUGCGUGGAACAGAUCAAUCGAUAAUUGCAUUAUCUUUUCAGACUCGCCCACUCCUUGAGGGUGCCCGCGCCAGCAAACAUGCGGCUACGCUUGCUCUGGAUCGUCUUGCUGGCUGUCACUCGUACAGCUCUGGUAAACGAGGGAUAUGAAUAUCCUAGGCCGACAAAUCAGCUUAUACCAGGUACUUCAGGCGGAGGAACCGGCACAAAACCAGGAGGAUUUCCAAGCGCCCCUGGAGGAUAUCCGUCUGGUCCAAGUGGUCCAAGUGCACCGGGCGGUGCACCUGGAGGACCGGGAAUUCCUGGUGGACAACCUGGAAGACCAGGGGGUUAUCCAUCAGGACCAUCAGGAUUUCGCCCAAGCGGUGCUCAACCAGGGGGGCAACAGCCUAGCUUUCCAUCGGGUCAAGGACCUUCCGGAGGAUAUCCUAGUGGACGACCAUCCAUUCCAUUUCCGAGUGGCGAACCAACGGGAAGACCAGGAACAGGUCCCGGUGGCACGCCAAGUGGACCAGGUGGACGACCAGAGGGGUUUCCAACAGGGCCAAGCGGUGGAUAUCCUAGUGGCAGACCUGGUGGGCAAGCACCGGGUGGGUUUCCAGGACAAAGACCUUCCGGAUACCCGAGCGGUGGACCCGGUCAGGGAAAACCAGAAGGCCCUGGAUAUCCCAGUGGUCGGCCAGGUGAACAAGGACCAAACGGAGGAUAUCCCGGUGGACAAGCUCCUGGAGGUUAUCCCGGUGGAGCACAAAAGCCUAGUGGUCCGGGAACUGGAUAUCCUAGUGGAGGGCCAGGACCUGGUUAUCCUGGAGGUACUCAAAGACCUGGCGGUGGUCCUCAGGGACCAGGCGGAUAUCCAGGAACAGGAGGAACAAACGGUUUUCCUGGAAGUCAGCAAGGUGGACCAUCUACCGGCUAUCCUAGUGGUAGACCAGGAGCGCAAAGACCAGGAGGCUACCCGAGUGGCCCAGGCCCGCAAGGACCAGGUUAUCCAAGCGGCCCAGGUCCACAAGGGCCAGGAGGACUCCCUGGUGGACCAGGCCCACAAGGGCCAGGGGGAUUCCCUGGUGGACCAGGCCCACAAGGGCCAGGGGGAUUCCCUGGUGGACCAGGCCCACAAGGGCCAGGGGGAUUCCCUGGUGGACCAGGAACGCAAGGGCCAGGGGGAUUCCCUGGUGGACCAGAAACGCAAGGGCCAGGAGGAUUCCCGGGUACUGGGCAUCCGGUAGGUCCUGGCGGACCUGGAGAAUACACGCAUGAAGAUGAUGGAUCAUAUAACGAAGGUGAUUAUUCAGCUAUUCCGGGCGAGCCUGGUCGCGAUUAUCCUAUCUACAGUGAAAUUCUGGAGACCGGUUUCCGUUGCGAUGCCCAACAAUUCCCUGGUUACUACGCCGACGUGGAAGCCCAGUGCCAAGUUUUUCAUGUAUGUGCCAACAAUAAGACUUUUGAUUUCCUUUGUCCGAAUGGAACAAUUUUCCAUCAACAAUUUUUCGUUUGUGUAUGGUGGAAUCAAUUCGACUGCAACUCCGCACCAAGUCUUUACUAUUUAAAUGAAAAUAUUUAUGACUAUACUAUAAUGGGAAGUCAAGGACCUUCUGGACCUAGUACUUAUCCAGGAGUUCCAGGCGCUCCUAGUGGACCAAGUUAUCCGAGCAGUCCACAACGUCCUGGCGGCCCAGGUUAUCCCGGAGAACCUCAAGGUCCGUCAGGACCAAGCGGUUAUCCGGGUAGUCCGCAAGGACCAACAGGUCCGAGCGGUCCGAGCAGUAUUCCUGGACGACCAGGAGCUCCAUCCGGUCCAGGACCCGCAUAUUUAGGUCCGCCAUCAGGACCAGGCGGACCCGGAUAUCCCGGAAGACCUGAAGGACCUUCCGGUCCUUCUGUACCAUCGAUGAGACCUCAAGGGCCUAGUGGUCCGGGUUACCCAGGACCGGGUGGACCAUCUCCAGGCUAUCCAGGACAACCUCAAGGGCCCACUGCUCCACAAGGUCCAAGCCGCUUCCCGGGUGCACCGGGUGAUCGUCCACAAGGACCUAGUGGUCCAAAUGGAUAUCCUAGCGGUAGACCAAGCGGCCCAUCGUUCCCAAGUGGACCUUCUGGGCCAGGAGGUAUUCCUGGGAAACCUGAGACGGGUGCGCCGUUCCCGCCGCAAGGCCCUGCGAAACCAGAUCGUUUCCCGGGUGCACAGAAUGGUCGUCCGCAAGAAUUUAAUGGUCAAAAUGGAUAUCCUAGCGGUAGACCGAGCGGCCCAUCGUUCCCAAGUGGGCCUUCUGGGCCAGGAGGUAUUCCUGGGAGACCUGAGACGGGUGCGCCGUUCCCGCCGCAAGGCCCUGCGAAACCAGAUCGUGAGUACUUGCCGCCGCGGAUUGGAUAA